GUGAAGAAGUCCUGGACGGGAUUCCAGGGAUUUUGAAUUUCAGGACAAUGCCUCGGGCCAGAGAAGGCUCUAAGAAGAAGCAGAGGGUAGAAGUGAGUAAAAGAAAGCUUGACCAGCUCGAGGCCAGCCUCGUCCUUUCCCUCUCCGCUUGCACAUUUCUUCUGCUGGGAAAUCCUAAGAUUUAACCAAGGGGACUGGAGUCCCGCCCACAAGUUGCAGCGUGCUCCAGGAAACUCGGUUGCCAUGGCGACAGAAGCUGUUGACCUGAGGAUUCAGAACAGGUUUGGCAGAGGGGAGACAAUUCCUUCAGGAACUGGGCGUGGCUGCGGUUACUAUGGCAGCGGGGACGCUUAGUCCAGGCCUAAGGGCUGUUUAGAGGCCAAUGCUCCUCCCGUUCUCUGCAUGGCACCCAAAAAAGAGAAAGGCGAGACAGCGACCACAGGUUCUAAGAUAUGGGAACCCUCGCUCAUCGCUGCACCCUUCAACCAGAAUGACUGGAAGAGCUCCAUCGCUUUUGUCGUUGGAAACCGAGUUGAGGAUGAACUUCUCAUUCGAGCCCUCACCCUCGCUGUCCAAGUUCCUCAGCGCAGACUCUUCAGUAUGGUUUCCUGGCAAGACAUUCUCCAGCAGAUCCAUGGAACAAGUGCACUUUUUGGAAGUACAUCUAAAAAGGCAAAGAAACCUCUAGGCGGUAAUGCUCCCUUAUAUUAUGAGGUUUUAACGGCAGCAAAAGCAAUUAUGGACAGCGGAGAGAAAUUCACCUUACCACUGAUAGGGAAACUCUUGAAAUUUCAGCUUCUCCAGGUUAAAUUGAAGGACCAACAGCGACGGGAAAACGAGAAGAAGGUGAUAGAAGACAGAUUUAAGGUAGAAAAGGAUAAAGGGAAAGCAAAAUCUCUCAAGGAGAAAAAGUCCCCAAUUGCCAAGGUUGCCAAAGGAAAGGAAAAGGACCAGCCUGAGGCAAACACAGCAGUAAAGAAGACCACGCAGUUAGUAAGAAGGGGAGAAGAGGAUGACACCAAACAUUACAUUGACGAUGAGCCAGAUGACGGUGCCCAGCAUUACAUUAUAGUUGUGGGCUUCAACAAUCCUCAGUUAUUAGCGAUCAUGACUGAGCUUGGCAUUCCCAUAAGCAGCGUGAUUAAAAUAUCAUCAGAGAAUUAUGAACCUCUGCAGACACACCUGGCAGCAGUUAGCCAGCAGCAGGAAAGUUUUCUUCAGGCAGAAGAUAUAGAAGCUGAAACUUUGAAGAAAGAGAAUGACAUAAAAGAACUUGAAAUCUUCUGGAAGUACUUGGAACCAAUCCUGAAUAAUGAGAAACCGGAAACAAAUCUCUUUGAUGUCGCUCGGCUUGAAUACAUGGUCAAGGCUGACAAGUUUCCUUGCGACUGGUCGGACAGUGAGAUGUUGCUGGAAUUGGGCACCAACAUUUUUGAAAAUAUUGCCUGUUUGAUGUACGACAGCCUGGAUUGGAAAAGGCAGCACCAGCACUAUUUGGAAAACAUGCAGCUUAUUAACAUCCCACAGGUGGUUAGUGAGAAACCUAUCUUAGAAGCUACGUUGACUUCUGAGCCCCCACAAACUGUUGCUGUAACCCCUGGAAAGAAGAAAACACAACAAUAUGAAGAGCUGCAAGCUCCAGCUCCACCACCACCACCAGUGGCUUCCGUCAUCACAAAUGAAGUAGACAUGCGAUAUUACAAUGAUUUGCUGAAUCCAAUUCCAGAAGAAUUCAUUUCUGUGCCCUUGAUACUGCAUUGUAUGCUGGAACAGGUUGUGGCAAGCGAAGAAGACCUUGUCCCACCAAGUCUGGUGGAGCCGCCUCCCAGAGCAGAUGGGCUGGACCACAGAAUCGCAGCUCACAUCAUGUCCAUUCUGCCCUCUCUCUGUCUGACAGAGAGGGAGAAAAAGAAUCUCCAUGAAAUAUUCUUAUCUGAAGAGGAAAAUGAAAGCAAACCAGUGCCCAGAGGCCCUCUCCUACUGAACUAUCAUGAUGCCCUCGCCCACAAGAAAUACGUGCUAAAGGACCUAAAGAAUUUUGACCUGGUUCAAAUUGAGCAGAAGAUGCAGUCUAAGUUGCCACUGUGGGAAUUCCUUGAAUUCCCUUUGCCCCCGCCAUGGAACAGCGCGAAACGUCUAGCUACAAUUCAUGAGCUCAUGCACUUUUGUACAAGUGAAGUCUUGAGCUGGAAUGAAGUAGAACGAGCCUUCAAAGUGUUUACUUUUGAGAGCCUGAAACUCUCUGAGGUUGAUGAAGAAGGGAAACUGAAGCAUUCUAGAAUGAUGUAUGGGACAGAUUCUGAGAUGUUGAACAUACCAUGGGACAACCCUGCCAGAUUUGCUAAACAGAUAAGGCAAAAAUACAUCAUGAAAAUGAAUACCCAAGAGACCAGACAGCAAACAGAUAGUGGAAUCAAAGACAGAAUUUUAUUUCUGGAUCAGAAUUGGUCAACAUCUAUGCAAGAUGAUGAGAUCAACAAAGAACCUUCCAAUCCUAGUCAGCCUGAUACUAACAAUAUGAAGUAUUCUGACCUGGAUAAUAGGAAAUCCUUAGACUCUGAUUACAGAGAACCAUCAGAGCAGAAGAACAGCUUGAAGUCGAAGCUCCAACCUGAGCCUUUGAAGCAGAACAUGAACAAUGAGAUCAAAGAUAAAGCUGUCACAAAUGCUGAUCCUCUUGAAAAGAAACCCAAGAAGAUGACUGUGGAAGCAGAGUUACAGGACAUAAAGAAAAUGCAGCAACGCAAUCUAAUGGACUGGAGUUUUACUGAACAUUUUAAGCCAGAAGUUCUGCUUCAGGUUCUUCAAGAAGCCAAUCAGCAAUACAGGUGUAUUGAUUCUUAUUACCACACCCAAGAUAACUCUUUACUGUUGGUCUUUCAUAAUCCAAUGAAUUUGCAACGUCUGCACUGUGAACAUUGGAACAUUGCUCUUCACUCUAAUGUUGGAUUCAGGAAUUAUUUGGAACUUGUUGCAAAAUCCAUUCAAGAUUGGAUCAUAAAAGAAGAAGCUGUAUAUCAGGAAGCUAAAAUGGCUGAGGAAAUCAGUAGGACCAAGAAUGAACUGGAAAUAAAAUCUUCUGCUGGUAACAAAGAAAUGAGCAAAACAGAGAUAUCAGAUCAAGAAAAAGAAAAAGAAAAGGAGAAGGAAAAGAUUCCUUUUAUUUUAGAAGGCUCUCUCAAGGCAUGGAAAGAACAAGAUAGGUUAGCUGAAGAGGAACGCUUAAAGGAAGAAAAAAAAGCAGACAAGAAGAGUAAGGAAUCUGGUAAAAAGAAAGGCAAGGAAAAACUAGAGAAAGAAGAAAGUAGGAAUUUCAAGAGAAAAAUUUUUUUAAAGGAGAAAUUGAAGGAAGAGCAAAUAAAGAUCCCAGAAAUAACAGAGGAGCCCCUCCAGGAACCAGAACCUGAGAUCGUUUACUCGUUUCAUGGAUACAACAUGGGAGAAACACCAGUCCAAAUCUCAGGAACAAAUUAUUAUCUGUAUCCUUCCGAUGGAGGGCAGAUUGAAGUAGAAAAGACAACAUUUGAAAAAGGCCCAACUUUUAUCAAAGUGAAAGUGAAAAAGGACAAGCACAAUUUUUUAAUUCAUUUAAGAGACCCGAAGAAAAUUGUGAAAAAGGAGAAAAAAGAGGAUUAUCCUUCAGAAGAUGAGAAAGAAGAAAGAGAAGGAGAGCAACAUUUUGAAAAAGAAGAAUCAAAUGCAGAGAAUAAAGCUGUCAGCAAGUUUGGAUCUUUUUCUGCCACCUUGGAAAAUGGAAUCUGCCUCUCAAUAAGUUACUAUGGAUCGAGUGGAAUGGCGCCAGAGGAUAAGGAUCCUAACUUGGAAGCAAUGUUGAAUAUCCCAUCAGCACAUACUCCAACAGUAAUUCCUGUUAUAGUGAGUAUUCCUCAAAGCAAAGGAAAAGAGAAAACAAAAAGCAAAGAAAAACCCAAAGAAUCUCUUAAAGAAGAGGAUCUCCCAAAGGAAGAAGAGAAAAAGGAAGAAGUAGAAACAGAACCUGUUUUACAAGAGACUCUUUAUGUUCCCACCUUCCAAAACCUGAACGUGUCUUGCCCCAAUGGGCUCCAAGUUACCUUCAUUGGGCAAGAGUCCCCAGAUCAAUAUUUUAUAGACGAGAAACCCACUUGGGACAUCAUGGUCCGACAGAGCUACCCCCAGAAGGUGAAGCACUAUGAAUUCUGUAAAACAGUGAUGCCACCUCUGGAGCAGGAGGCAUCAAGAGUUAUCACCAGUCAAGGCACUGUUGUCAAAUACCUGUUGGAUGGAUCCACACAGAUUCUCUUUGCAGAUGGUACUGUGAGCAGUAGUCCCAGUUCAGGGCCUGUUGGUCUUUCUGCUGACGCGCCAGCAAGCCCUCUCAGCGGGGACUUGAUGGACACGGUUUCUCAGCAAAAAUCAGAAACAGCACCAUUAAAGACUGUCAUCGCAAAAAAAGGAAAAAGUCAGAAAAAUCAGUCAUCAAUGGCACAUAAAAAUGAAAGCCAUGAACCUCCCCCAGAAACAAUUCAAGCAGUAACUCCUGUGGAGGUUCACUUAGGCACCUGGUUUACAACUACACCUCAAGGAAAUCGGAUUGGUACCAAAGGAUUAGAAAGAAUAGCAGACUUGGCCCCAUUUUUAUCCUUUAAAGCCACAGAUCCUGUCAAUGGAACGGUUAUGACAACUCGAGAAGACAAAGUGAUCAUCAUUGAAAAGAAAGAUGGUACUCGGGUAGUGGAUCAUGCUGAUGGUACCAGAAUCACAACCUUUUAUCAAGUUUAUGAAGAUCAAAUUAUUUCUCCGGAUGAACAAGAGACAGACGAAGGUCCGCAGAGGAUCACCAGGCAGGUGAAGUGCACGCGGAUUGAAAGUUCACACUACGCCACUGUCAUCACCAACUGCGAGGACAGUAGCUGCUGUACCACCUUUGGGGAUGGGACGUCUAUCAUUGCAAAGCCACAGGGAACGUACCAGGUGUUACCUCCAAACACAGGCUGUCUUCUUAUUGAUAGGGACUGUUCAGCUAUAUAUUGCCAUGAAUCAAGCAGUGAUAUAUACCAUCCUUUUCAAAAACGUGAGCAGCUGAGAGCUAGCAGGUACAUCAUGAAGCACACAUCGGAGGUUAUCUGUGAGGUCAUGGAUCCCGAAGGAAACACCUUUCAGGUCAUGGCUGAUGGUAGUGCAUCAACUAUCCUACCUGAAAACAAUUUGGAAGAUGAUUUAAAUGUAAAAGCUGAAGGCUAUGACACGUUAUCAUCCACUCACCUUCAUAAGAAUCAUCUGCAAAUCUAUGGUGAACAUGUCCCCAGGUUUUUUGUUAUCUAUGCUGAUGGAUCAGGAGUGGAACUUCUUCGGGACAGUGACAUAGAAGAAUACCUCUCCUUGGCAUACGGAGAAUCAACUACCGUAGUUCUUCAAGAGCCAGUACAGGAACAGCCAGGUGCCCUGAGCAUCACUGUCCUUCGCCCUUCCCAUGAAGCUUCACCAUGGCUAAUGAAGAAAGAAUUAGAUACAAUUGUUCCUCCUAAUCUCCAGUCAAGGACGUGGGAGACAUUUCCCUCGGUUGAGAAAAAAACUCCAGGACCUCCAUUUGGCACUCAGAUUUGGAAAGGCUUCAACGUUGGGUCCAAACAGUUAGUGAGCACCCCAGCCCCUAUACGGAAGAGCCCCAGUGUGCUACAGAUACGCCAGUUCAUCCAGCACGAGGUCAUAAAGAAUGAGGUGAAAUUGAAACUGCAGAUUUCCCUGAAGGAUUAUAUAAACUAUAUUCUAAAGAAAGAAGAUGAGCUACAGGAAAUGACAGUUAAAGAUUCCAGAACUGAGGAGGAGAGAGCCAAUGCUGCAGAUCUCCUCAAGCUAAUUAUGUCUUUCCCUAAAAUGGAGAAAACUACAAAAAGUUGUGUUACUGAAGUUGCAGCCCACCUAACUGAUUUAUUCAAGCAGUCUUUGGCUAAUACUACAGAGUGUCCACCAGAAACCUUUGAGACAGAUUUCUCUGAAAAGAAAUGGAGGCACACAGCAAAAACAAAGCACUGGAAAGAAAAGUUAGCUCAAAAGAGGAAGGAAAUUGAAAAAACACAAAACUAUCUAAAGGAAAUUAGGAAUAAAGCAAUAUCGCCCUACUGCAAAUCUGAACUAAGCAAGUUAUAUCAGUUUCAGUUUAAUUAUCUGGACACCCUUUCCAAAAACUUGCCUUCUUUUACCAAGAAAGAUGAGGAUACAAGCAAAACAGCUGUUCAAAAUACAUCCAAUCUUCCUCCAGAUUCCCAGAAAAAUAAAGUUUCAGAACAGGAAUCCUCAGAUAUGCUUUGUCUUCCAAAAUCGGAGAACUUUGUGAAUACCAAGGAGUCUGCUAGCAAGAAACAAACUGAAAAUUUAACAGUAUCUAUCAAAGAACCAGAAUCGUGUGUGCCUCUGAAAAUUCCAACCCAGUCACUGCUACAGGAUGUGGCAGGACAAGCAAGAAAAGAGAAAGUGAGGCUACCUCACUAUUUGCUGAGUACCAAGCCCAAGUCUCAACCUCUCAAAAAGGUGCAAGAUUCUGUUGGAGGAAGAGUGAAAACAUCCUCUGUUGCAUCUGCUGCCAUUAAUAAUGUAAAUUCAUCCCCCUUUGGAGUCCAUCUUCUCCCGCCCUCAGUGAUGUUUGGAGUGCUCGAAGAAGGACACACCUAUGCAACCACUGUAAAGCUCAAGAAUAUUGGAGUGGACUUCUGCAGGUUUAGGGUGAAGCAGCCCGCACCCAGCACAGGACUGAAAGUGACUUACAAACCUGGGCCUGUGGCGGCUGGUUUGCAGGCAGAACUGAAAGUGGAGUUAUUUGCCAUGGCUGUUGGAGAGGAUGGUGCCAAGGGAUCCGCACACAUCUUUCACAAUAUAGAGAUUAUGACUGAGCAUGAUGUCCUGUUCUUACCUGUGGAAGCAACAGUUUUAACAAGCAGCAAUUAUGAUAAAAGACCGAAAGAUUUUCCCCAGGGAAAAGAAAAUCCUAUGGUCCAGAAGAUUUCUACAGUUCCUUCCUCUGCACUUGGAGUCUUCAUGUCCCGUAAAGUUUCUCCACAGUAGGUGUCAGUUUCUUCUCGGUAUAGCUCAAUAGCCUCCAUGAUCCUCUCAGCCUACACAGAUGAUGGCAAAGGACAGAAGUCAUCACAACAAACUCACCAUCCCACAACAGUGCAAAUGGAAGGCCUGACAAAAAGUUACUAAAUGAAAUUGCUUGAAUCAGUUUAAUAAAGAUGUGCCAAUAGUGUGCCAAACAGUAUUCAAAGAUGUCUUUGGGUUUUUUUUUUUUUUUAUUUUACUUAUUUUUGGCUGUGUUAGGUCUUCAUUGCUGCACACUGGCUUUCUCUAGUUGCAGCGAGCGGGGGCUACUCUUCGUUGCGGUACGCAGGCUUCUCAUUGCGGUGGCUUCUCUUGUUGCGGAGCACAGGUUCUAGGUGUGUGGGCUCAGUAGUUGCAGCAUGCAGGCCCUAGAGCACGCAGGCUUCAGUAGUUGCAGCACGUGGGUUCAGCAGUUGUGGCUCAUGGGCUCUAGAGCGCAGGCUCAGUAGUCGUGGUGCACGGGCUUAGUUGCUCCAUAGCACGUGGGAUCUUCCCAGACCAGGGAUUGAACCCGUGUCCUCUACAAUGGCAGGCAGAUUCUUAACCACUGCGCCAGAGGGAAGUCCCUGAUUUUUCUUUUUUAAUUUACAAGGAGACUGGGUCAUGGAUUCAGGUGAGACUACAAGUGGACACACUGAGUAGGGCAACUCCCAGGAACACCUGAGAGGUGCCACUUUCAGGAAAUCAAACCUUCCUUUCUAGAAACCAGGCACUGAUCCAACAGAUUCAGCACUACUUCUGUCCUUGGUUACAAGGGAGGAAAACAGAGGUUAUGAUUUUCAUCUAUAAAUUUCAGCAACUUUUUGCCACAAAAGGCCUAUCUGGUUGGGAUACUAUUUAAAAAUGAGAUACAGAAGAGCAAUCAAGAUAGCAGACUAGAAGGAUGUGAAGCGCACCUCCUCCCACAAAUACAUCAAAAACAUAUCUACAUGUCGAACAGUUCUCACAGAAUGUGUACUGAAUGCUGGCAGAAGACCUCAGACCCCUGAAAGGGCAAGAAAAUCUCCAUGUAACCAGGUAGGACAAAAGUUAAAGAAACAAAAAAAAAGAAAGGAAGGAAGUAAUCGGGUUGGGACCUGCACCCCAGGCAGGGAGCUGUGAAACAAGAAAGGUUCCUGCACCCUGGGAAGUCUCCUCACCGGCAGGGAGAUCAGCCAGGACAGAGGGAGAGCUUGAGCCUUGGGGGAGAAAACAGCAACCGAUCUGCAGCAGCUAGAAUAGAGACCUGCACAGAAGGUCAGUGCAACCGCUCUACACUCCCCAGCCUGAGAGGCACGUCUGCCGGUACGGGCAACGGCUGGGUGUGGAAACUUGGGCUUUGGAGAGGUGCUGUUGUGUGGGCAGUGUGCGAGGGGAGGCGCGGGAGCCACCCUGCAGCUGUUUUCCCUGAGCGAGCUCUCGGGCGGCAGGACACUGCCUACAUGAGCUCCACGACUGAUCAUGAGCCGCCUCCGCUCCCAUCAUGUGCUCCGGGGACACACAUGAGCCACCACUGCUGCUGAGAACCCCACGACCAGGCACCAGCCACUGCAUCUGCACACCGUCUAUUAAGGGGAUAAUGGCCAGCACACGCUGAGAAAAGAGGCAACAGGCAUUCAUACGAAAAUCAGCCCUUGCACCAAAAAUAUUAAACCCACGCAGGUUACACAGGGAUGCUCCCACAUAUAAACAGCCCUCCAAGACCACAUUAGAUAGACCUCUUCAGUCUAACAGACGCUGAUUUCAAAAAGGAGAUAAUGAAAAUACUGAAGAAAUUAAGAAAGGCUAUCAACAGAAAUGCAGAGUACUAUAAAAAGGAACUAGAAACAGUAAAGAGGAACCAAGAAAAAUUAGAAAAUUCAUUUGUCGAGACAAAAACUGAACUACAGGCAAUGAACAGCAGAAUAAAUAAUGCAGAACAAAUAAGUGACCUGGAAGAUAGAAUGAUGGAAAUCACCCAUCAGGACAGCAGACAGAAAGCCAAAUGAGAAAAAAUGAAAGCAAUAUAAGAGACCUAUGGGAUAAUAUAAAGUGUACCAAUCUACACAUAAUCGGGAUUCCAGAAGGGGAAGAGAAAAGGGGAUUGAAAAUGUAUUUGAAAAAUUAUGGCUGAAAACUUCCCAAACCUAAAGAAAGAAACAGAUAAAGCAGGUACAGGGAGCACAGAGGGUCCCAAACAAGUUAAACCCGAACAGACCUACACCAAGACAUAUUAUAAUUAAAAAGGCACAAGUUAAAGAUGAAGAGAGGAUUCUCAAGGCAGCAAGAAAAAAACAGUUAAUUACAAGGGAACCCCCAUAAGGCUAUCAGAAGAUUUCUCUACAGAAACACUGCAGGCCAGAAGGGAGUAGCAAGAUAUAUGCAAAGUCCUGAAAGGGAAGAAUGUGCACCCGAGGAUACUCUAGCCAGCAAGAUUAUCAUUUAGAAUAGAAGGAGGGAUAAAGAAUUUCUCAGACAAGCAAAAACUAAAAGAAUAUAGCAAUUCUAAACCUAUCCUAAAGCACAUACUGAAAUGUCCUCUCUAAGCAGAAAAGUAGGAAGUAUAGGAAAGAGAAAAGUCACAAUUGGAAAGCAACUCACAUAAAUAAGCCAGUACACAGAUUAAAAAAAAAAUUAAAAUUUUUGUGAACGUGAUGAUACCACAAUGAACAGCAAAAGCAUGAACAUGAAGAUGUAAAACAGGACAUCAAGGGCUUCCCUGGUGGCACAGUGGAUGAGAGUCCGCCUGCCAUUGCAGGGGACACGGGUUUGUGCCCCAGUCCGGGAAGAUCCUGCAUGCCACGGAGCGGCUGGGCCCGUGGGCCAUGGCCGCUGAGCCUGCACGUCCAGAGCCUGUGCUCCGCAACAGGAGAGGCCACAGCAGUUAGAGGCCCACGUACUGCAAAAAAAAAAAAAACAGGGCUUCCUUGGUGGCGCAGUGGUUGAAAAUCCGCCUGUUGAUGCAGGGGAAACGGGUUCGUGCCCCAGUCCGGGAGGAUCCCACAUGCCGCGGAGCGGCCGGGCCCGUGAGCCAUGGCCGCUGAGCCUGUGUGUCCGGAGCACAGGCUCCACAACGGGAGAGACCACAGCAGUGAGAGGCCCGCGUACCACAAAAAAACAAACAAACAAACAAAAAACAGGACAUCAAAAUCAAAAAAUGUGGGUGAGGAGAGUAAGAAAAGGUAGAUUUUUCUUUUUUUCAUUUCCUAGAAUGUGUUUGAGCCUAUAUGACUACCAGUCUAAGGCAAGUAGAUAUAGGAUGGGGUUAACAUACUUGAAAAACAGGAUAACUACAAAUGAAAAACAUACAAUAGAUUCACAAAAACCAAAAAGAAGAGAACAUAAUAUGAAAGAAAAUUAUCAAACCACAAAAGGAAAAAGAAAAAGGGACAAAGACGAAAUAUUGAAAGGGAGGGGAUGUAAAAAGAUAUUGCAUGCAAACAGAAAUGACAAGAAAGCUUGGGUUGCAAUACUCAUAUUGGACAAAACAGACUUUAAAACAAAGCCCAUGAAGAAAGAUAAAGGACACUCUAUAAUAAUAAAAGGAUCAGUAUAAUAAGAGGAGUUUACACUCAUCAACAUAUAUGCACCCAAUAUGGGAGCACACAAAUACAUAAAACAAAUACUAAUAUACAGGGACUUCCCUGGUGAUGCAGUGGUUAAGAGUCCGCCUGCCAAUGCAGGGGACACAAGUUCGAGCGCUGGUCCGGGAAGAUCCCACAUGCCGCGGAGCAACUAAGACCAUGUGCCACUACUGAGCCUGCGCUCUAGAGCCUGUGAGCCACAACUACUGAGCCUACGUGCCACAACUACUGAAGCCUGUGCACCUAGAGCCUGUACUCCACAACAAAGAGAAGCUACCGCAAUGAGCCCACGCACCGCAACGAUGAGUAGCCCCCACUCGCUGCAACUAGAGAAAGCCCACGUGCAGCAACAAAGACCCAACGCAGCCAAAAAUAAAAAUAAAUAAAUUUAAAUAAAAAGAAAAUACUAAUAUACAUAAAGGGAAAACUGACAAUAUAAUAGUAGGAGACUUUAAAACCCUACUCAAAUCAACAGACAGAUCUUCUAGACAGAAAAUCAAGGCAACAGAGAUCUUAAAUGACACAGUAGAACAGUUAGACUUAAUUGAUAUUUUCAGAACAUUACAUCCAAAAAACCCAAAAUACCUUUCAAAAUCGCAACCCCUAAAUAAAAUACUUAGCAAUAAACCUGACCAAGAAAGUGAAAGAAUUAUACACUGAGAACUAUAAAACCUUAAUAAAGAAAAUUGAAGAUGAUUCAAUGAAAUGGAAAGAUAGGGACUUUCCUGGUGGCACAGUGGUUAAGAAUCUGUCUGCCAACACAGGGCACAUGGGUUCGAGCCCUGGUCCAGGAAGAUCCCACAUGCCGCGGAGCAACUAAGCCCAUGCGCCACAACUACCGAGCCCACGCUCUAGAGCCUGCAAGCCACAACUACUGAGCCCGCGCACUGCAACGAAGAGUAGCCCCCACUCGCCACAACUAGAGAAAGCCUGCAUGCAGCAAUGAAGACCCAAUGCAGGCAGAAAUAAAUAAAUAAAUAAAUAAAUAAAUUUAUUUUUUAAAAAAAGAAAUGGAAAGAUAUCCCAUGUUCUUGGACUGGAAGAAUUAAUACUGUUAAAAUGGGCAUACUACCCAAGGCAAUUUACAGAUUUAACAAGCUCCCUCUCAAAUUACCCAUGACAUUUUUCACAAAACUAGAACAAAUAAUCCUAAAAUUUACAUGGAACCAUAAAAGACCCAGCAUUGCCAAAGCAAUCCUGAAGAAAAAGAACAAAGCAAGAGGCAUAACCCUCCCAGGCUUCAGACAAUACUACAAAGCUACAGUAAUCAAAACAGCAUGGUACUGGCACAAAAACAGACAUAUGGAUCAAUGGAACAGAAUAGAGAGCUCAGAAAUAAACCCACACACCUAAUGUCAAGUAACCUUCAACAAAGGAGGCAAGAACAUACAAUGGGAAAAAGACAGUCUCUUCAGCAAGUGGUGUUGGGAAAGCUGGACAGCUGCAUGUAAAUUGAUGAAGUUAGAACACACCCUCUCACCAUACACAGAAAUAAACUCAAAAUGGCUUAAAGACUUAAACAUAAGCCAUAAAACUCCUAGAAGAGAUCGUAGACAAAACAUUCUCUGACACAGAUAGUACCAAUGUUUUCUUAGGUCAGUCUCCCAAGGCAACAGAAAUAAAAACAAAGAUAAUUAAAUGGGACAUAAUCAAACUUACAAGCUUCUGCACAGCAAAGGAAACCAUAAAAAAAACAAAAAGAGAACCUACAGAAUGGGAGAAAAUAUUUGUGAAUGAUGUGACUGACAAGGACUUAAUUUCCAAAACAUACAAACAGUUCAUACAACUCUACAACAAAAAAAAAACAACCCAACUGAAAAAUGGGCAGAAGAUCUAAACAGACAUUUCUCCAAAGAAAUACAGAUGGCCAGUAGGCACAUGAAAAAAUGCUCAACACUGCUAAUUAUUAGAGAAAUACAAAUCAAAACUACAAUGAGGUACUACCUCACAGUGGUCAGAAUGGCCACAUUAAAAACUCUACAAAUAACAAAUGUUGGAGAGGAUGUGAAGAAAAGGGAACCCUCUUACACUGUUGGUGGAAAUGUAAGUUGGUACAGCCACUAUGGAAAACAGUAUGGAGGUUCCUCAAGAAAUUAAAAAUAGAAUUACCAUAUGAUCCAUCAAUCCCACUCCUGCGCAUGUAUCCAGACAAAACUCUAAUCCAAAAAGAUACGUGCACGCUUAUAUUCAUAGCAGCACUAUUCACAAUAGCCAAGACAUGGAA